AUGAUUGUGAAUAAGCCGCUGGUGUUGACUUAUCUCUACCUUUUGAUCUACAUUUUGCUUUCAUCUGGAGUCAUUUUGUAUAACAAGAGGAGCCUCAUAACAGAGAUGCUAAGUAAAAUACUGAUUUUGACAUAUUUACAUGUUUAUUUAGUUGAUCAUGCCAUUUUCAUUUAUGCAUCAUUAUGUAUGACUCAAUUAAUUUUGUUGCAGUGGGUGCUUUCACCAAAAUAUUUCAACUUUCCAUUUCCCAUAACGCUUACGAUGAUUCAUAUGGGGUUUUCGGGGGCUGUGGCCUUUUUCCUUAUUCGUGUAUUUAAGGUUGUAUCUCCAGUCAAAAUGACUUUGGAAAUAUACAUAACCUGCGUUGUGCCAAUAAGUGCCUUCUUUGCAGCAAGUCUUUGGUUUGGUAACACCGCAUACUUGUACAUCUCAGUGGCCUUCAUCCAGAUGCUCAAAGCUCUAAUGCCGGUGGCAACAUUUAUCAUGGCUGUUAUGUGUGGCACUGACAAAGCAAGGUGUGAUGUGUUCUUAAACAUGUUGCUCGUCAGUGUUGGAGUUGUCAUCUCAUCAUACGGGGAAAUUCAUUUUAAUGUAGUUGGCACACUUUACCAGGUCACUGGCAUCUUUGCAGAAGCUCUUAGGCUGGUUUUAACUCAAGUUCUUCUACAGAAGAAGGGCUUGACGCUAAAUCCUAUAACCAGCUUAUAUUACAUAGCUCCAUGCAGUUUUGUUUUUCUGUGUGCGCCUUGGUAUGUACUGGAGAAGCCUGCGAUGGAAGUUUCACAGAUUCAGUUCAACUUUUGGAUCUUCUUUUCCAAUGCUCUUUGUGCGCUGGCCUUGAACUUCUCCAUAUUCUUAGUAAUUGGUAGAACUGGUGCAGUCACCAUCAGAGUUGCAGGUGUACUAAAAGACUGGAUACUUAUAGCCCUUUCUACCGUCAUUUUCCCAGAGUCUACAAUAACCGGGCUGAAUAUAAUUGGUUAUGCAAUUGCACUUUGUGGUGUUGUCAUGUACAACUACUUGAAGGUUAAGGACGUCCGUGCAUCUCAGCUGCCUGAAAAUAUUUCAGAUAGAAUGAUAAAGGAUUGGAAAUUGGAGAAGAAGUCAUCUGAUAUAUUCACACCAAGUAACAGCAGUGAUAACAAUGGAGGAGGUGGUGGGGGGAAUAUUUCUUCCUCUGAUAUGAAUGUCGAUGAAGAAGCACAUCUAAUUCCAUCAUUAAGAUUGUCGCACAUUGGUCGAACACAGCUUAGCAAGUAA